GAAAGGCAUGUGCCGCAGGGGAGCAAUAGUUCCGAGGCAGCCAGUUGUUAUAUGGCUUUUGUCUUAACGAAGCCACCCAUUACGGUAUGAUGAUGUCAAACGUGAUGCUGAUGCUACAGUUACAGACACAGCCCCUGCUGGCGCAGCCUCUCUGAUUCCCUCUUCCUCUCCGCGUCCAGCGCUGGGCUUUACCAGACAAGUGCAUCUCCUAACCAGGUCACAUUUCAGCCGCGACCCACCAUCCGUCAGUCACCGGAGACAGACCGCAGGAGGAGGGCUGCGGAAGACGGCAGCGUUUGCUUCGCCAGCAGCAGGGUGGCAGGAAGGACAUUAAAAUAUUGCAGAAGUCGAAACCCCCCAGGGCCAAUCCAGACCACGAUGCGCGCCCCGGGCUGCGGGCGGCUGGCGCUGCCGCUGCUGCUCCUCGCCGCAGCCGCCCUGGCCGAAGGCGACGCCAAAGGGCACAAGGAGGGCGAGACCCCCGGCAAUUUCAUGGAGGACGAGCAAUGGCUGUCGUCCAUCUCUCAGUACAGCGGCAAGAUCAAGCACUGGAACCGCUUCCGAGACGAGGUGGAGGACGACUACAUCAAAAGCUGGGAGGACAAUCAGCAAGGAGAUGAAGCCCUGGACACCACCAAGGACCCCUGCCAGAAGGUGAAGUGCAGCCGCCACAAGGUGUGCAUCGCCCAGGGCUACCAGCGCGCCAUGUGCAUCAGCCGCAAGAAGCUGGAGCACAGGAUCAAGCAGCCCACCAUGAAAUUCCAUGGAAACAGAGACUCCAACUGCAAGCCCUGCCACAUGGCCCAGCUCGCCUCAGUCUGCGGCUCUGAUGGCCACACUUACAGCUCGGUGUGUAAGCUGGAGCAGCAGGCAUGCCUGAGCAGCAAGCAGCUGACUGUGAGGUGCGAGGGCCCUUGCCCCUGCCCCACGGAGCAGGCUGCCACCUCCACCGCCGAUGGCAAACCAGAGACCUGCACGGGUCAGGACCUAGCCGACCUGGGAGAUCGGCUGCGGGACUGGUUCCAGCUCCUUCAUGAGAACUCCAAGCAGAACGGCUCAGCCAGCAGCGCUGCCAGCCCGGCCAGCGGGCUGGACAAGAGCCUGGGGGCCAGCUGCAAAGACUCCAUCGGCUGGAUGUUCACCAAGCUGGACACCAGUGCCGACCUCUUCCUGGACCAGACAGAGCUGGCUGCCAUCAACCUGGACAAGUACGAAGUCUGCAUCCGCCCCUUCUUCAACUCCUGUGACACCUACAAGGACGGUCGGGUCUCCACUGCCGAGUGGUGCUUCUGCUUCUGGAGGGAGAAGCCCCCCUGCCUGGCGGAGCUGGAGCGCAUCCAGAUCCAGGAAGCUGCCAAGAAGAAGAUAGGCGGCUUCAUCCCGAGCUGCGACGAGGACGGCUACUACCGGAAGAUGCAGUGUGACCAGAGGAGUGGCGACUGCUGGUGUGUGGACCAGCUGGGCCUGGAGCUGACCAGCACGCGCACGCACGGGAGCCCCGACUGUGACGACAUCGUGGGCUUCUCGGGGGACUUUGGGAGUGGCGUCGGCUGGGAGGAUGAGGAGGAGAAGGAGCCGGAGGAAGCAGGCGAGGAGGCCGAGGAGGAGGAGGGGGAGGCGGGCGAGGCGGACGACGGAGGCUACAUCUGGUAGAUGCCCUCGGAGCCGAGGCGGGGGCGCACCAGCGGGGACCUGAGCGGGCGGCCCGGCCAAUGGAUCUGGAAAAUGCAGUCGGAAGGACUCUGGCUCCAACUGGGGGGACUGGAUGUGUGAGUGUGCAUGGCGCGUGUGUGGCACGUGUGGCUGGGACGGAUGAGUGUGUGUGCGUGUGGCAUGCGCUGACAAACGUGUCCUUGGUCCACACUGCUCCUGGCAGAGUGAGUCACCCAAAGGCCCUUCGGCCUCCUUGUAGCUAUUUUCUUCCCAUUUGUUGUUGGUCUUAAAACACACACAUUCUCACACACACACACACACACACACACACACACACACACCCACACACACACACACACGUUGGCAGGUUGCUGGAAUGAAUGACAUGCCCUCUAGCUGAUGCUCCCUGCAGCCCGGCCCUGCCACCCUGGGUUCCGUUGCUACCCUGGCUCAACCAGCCCUGCCGCCCCCACCCCUGCUACCCUCCCCAUCUCCCUUCGGGGCCGGGCUCUGGCCUGCGGGCCCGUCCCCAUGGCAGAGGGGAGGGAGGCCAAGGAGUUGUCUACUGGCUGGGGGUCAUUGCAAAACUGGGCCGAUUUGGUGUGACACCCCCGCCAGCUUCAGAUGAGAUGGUCCAGGACACCCGGCCACAGCCAGCCCCAUUCCUUUGCCAAAUCCCCAAGCACUAGAGAAACUCUCCUAAGUCAGGCCAGAGUGACAAAAGGUGGCCGAGAAGGAGCUGGGGGCAGAAGCUGAGAGGCAGGGGAGGGGACUGGUUGUCCAAGGUCCUUCCCAUUGGUGCAGGUGAGGAGCAGGGGAAUCUGCAGGUGCAGAUCCUGGGAGAGCUCCUAGGAGUGGAGACGGGCAGCCCUGAAUGCCAGAGCCCGGAACACUCUGGCCCCUUUCUGUGGAUCUCAUGUGUGGCUCUGGUCUGGGCAGCUCUCUCGGGGACAGUGGGUGGGUGGUUUUGCAAGUGAGCUCUGCUUGGCUCCCUUUUGGCGGCCCAGGGGGUGCUGCUCCUGCCUCCAUCUCCCUUGCUGGGGUCCCCUUCUUCACCCCAGGGAGCCUGAGGACCAGGCUGAGGGGCCUGGGUCUCAGCCAGGCGUGUGUGUGUGCCCACCUCCUCUCGACCCCCUAACUGAAAGCUCUCCACCUGCCCAGACCCAUUGAAAGACUUGUCCCUGAGACCCUAUAAAGGAGAAGCUGCUGGAAGCUGCAGCCUUCCUACCCUGAGACCAACUUUCCUGCUCAAGGGAGAGGCACCCUUGGGACAUUCCCAGCUCCACUCCUCUCAGCCCCUGGUGUUCCCCUCUGCCCCCUCUGAGGGCCCCUUGGGGCUGCCCCUGUGGGAGUUGUAGUGUGUGGGAGUUGUCAGAGGGGACAGGAGCAGCACAGCCAGGCUCUGAGGCCACACCUCGGUGUUACCCCAAGUCUCCUGACCGGGUGGGAGCUCAUCUUACCAGAUGAGAAGACGUCCCGUGGGUUUUGUUUGUUUGUUGUUGUUUUCCCUAAUCUGUCCAGUUCUCCCCUAUUGAAGCAAAUUCCUUAACACCUUUGGUGAAGAAUUUCUUACCCAGACUUGGGCUUCUGAUACCCUUCGGUGCAUGGUGAGUGCAGUGCGUGUGUGUGUGUGUGUGUGUGUGUGUGUGUGUGUGUGUGUGUGUGUGUGUAUGUGUGUGUGAGUGUGUGAACCUGGGGCGCCAUCCAGGUGGCCUGGGAGUGUGAGGAGGGCCCUGUGCGCUGGGUGGCCUGUGGGGUGCCGGGUCAAUGUCGGGGGGCUCCCCGCCCAGCUCUCCCAGCCCCUCCCAGCACCCUCAGAGCUCUGUUGACUUUACAGAGGAGCCUCACCCUGUCCACCCCUGCUCUCCAUCCCGGAAGCAGCACCGUCCAAGUCCUUCCUGGGGAAAUAGCAAAAUUCCUCUUAGCCCCGUAAACCGCUUCCCAUUCCGCAGCACAGUUCUGGUUGUUGAGGUGUCGCGCUGUUUCGGAUCCCCUAGUCUCCUUCUUCCUCUAGUCCCCUUCUUCCUCCUGUCCCUUUUCUGUCCUCCACUUCUUUCCUCUGGCCCCUGGCUCAGUUCAGGGAGAUGCUGUCCCACCUCAGCCCUCUGCUGUCCUUGUAGGGUAGCCGCCGCCGCUCCUCCGACUUGGAGCUACUUGAAACUUCCUGCUCGCACUAGGAUCAGAGUCUGUCUCUUCCCUCUGCCCCAGCUGGGCUUCUGGAACUGCCCUUCUGGGGGCUGCUGUUGAGGAUGCUGGGGGGCUUUGGGGGAGGGGGCUCAGAGGAAGGGGUGUCUUCCUCCUCUUGCUGUUGCCCUCCCCUCCUGGGGGGCGUGUGCUCUCUGUGUCUCCGGGUCUUCUGGUUGUGCACGUUUGUCUGACCUUGUAAAUAUGUUUUAGGAAGAAAGCAAAAGGCACUGAACUGGCCCCUGGCGGGACUGCAGGGUCUAGCCUUGCCUCUCUCUGAACCCCACACUGCUUUUCACCCCACUGAGACUGGGGUCCCCCCAAAGGUAGACAAAAACAGCUGUCCCAGUGGGGCUGAAGGCCUCCAAGUGACUUCCUGUUAGACAAGCUGAAGAUUUCCUCAGGAGCAAGGUUGCAGGUUGGCCCUUCCGCAGCUCCUAGUGCCCGUGCCCAAGCUGCCUGCCACCCAGCCCAACAUGCCCCCUCCCCAAUGCCCUCGCUCCUUCCUGCCCCUCGUCCCUGGCUUAAGCAGGAAGGGGAAUUAGGGCUGCUCUGAGAGGGGCUCAACCAAAUUUUAAAAGGACGGUUUCUCGCCUGGCCCUGGAGCUGCCAUUGGUCCUGCUAUGCCACUCAGCCCACGGGUGCUGGGAGAGGUAAAUAUGUAAGAUUGGGUGGGUUGGGGGUGGAAAAAAUAAAUGUGCCUUGAGAGACCACUCAGAGAGGGGCCAAGGGUGAUGGGGACGGAGGCCUGGGGAGUGAAGGCAGGAGGCCGAGAGGAUGAGAGCGGGACAGGCCGUCCUGGCUGCCCCUGGGGUUCCACUGGGCUGCAGCUGCACGUGGAAGUGGGCACACUUGCUCCCUGCAGCCUGCCUGGUUUCAGCGGGCUGGCCUCCCGCUCGGCCUCAUGAGCUCGUGUGCCUCCAACUUCACCCCGACUGGGUGGGGACCAUUGGCAUCAACGCGGGAAGCCUCCGCUUCACCAAAGCCUGAGCCCUCAGCCCUUGGGGAGAAGGAACGGCUGAUCUUUGACACCCAGGGUCACUGCGAGGCUGCAGGCCGGCGGGAGCCCCAGGGAAGAGACACUGGAGUGCAAGAGGAGACUGGAGCCAGGGGAGGAAGUCCCUAGCAGAGCAAGCUGCUUUCUAGCCUGAAGCCUACUUAAACUGUGUGACGUGCAAUAACUGAGCUUAGAGUUAAGAAUUGUGUUCAAGUGCUGGAUUUCCGUCUGUAGAUUUAAGUGCUGAAGUCGUAUCUCUCAGUAAUUUUAGAUGUCUUUAAAAAAAAUCGAAAAACAAAGUGUUAGACCGUGUGCGUGCGUCGAUGGGCACUCAAGCGUCCCGCGGGUCACCCACCUCUCCCUUCGCCCCCUGCACCCCUGCCCCUCACGCCCCACCCCUGCCUCCACCUGGGGACCCUGCCUCGUGUUGUCUUUCUCUGCCUAUUACUCAGCCUAAGGAAACAAGUACACUCCACACAUGCAUAAAGGAAAUCAAAUGUUAUUUUUAAGAAAAUGGAAAAUAAAAACUUUAUAAACACCA